GUACGGAAAACUACUAUUUCCUUUUGUGUUCGUGUUCUCUCUCUCCAGCGAGAUGUUUGCGUGCGAGUAACUAGCGCGGCGUUGCCACCUUGUCCCAACGCUCAGACCGGCACCUGAAGUUGGUAUUUUCGCCGAUUUCGAACUUUUCGAGGCUACGGUCACACUGGUGGAAGUGACAGUUGUGAAGGGAGAAGAGCACAGAACAAAACAAUAGACCAAUAGGAACCGAAGCCAACUCACUGAACUGGCCCCCGGGAUCGGAAUGGCUGGAUAUUUGGAGACAAGAAAGCGCAGCCGGGAGGACGACCCGGCCUGCGAGUCGACGCCCCUGUCAAAGCGCAUCAACAACCUGCAUCUAAACUACGACGAUGGGAACAGCAGCAGCAGCAGCAGCUGCAGCAUUCCGCCACUGUCGGUAGGAGGAGCCACUGUAGCUGGCGGCCCUGGUGGCUCCGGUGGCCCCGAUACUGCCGGAAACGGCGUGGCGACCGGAUACGAGUACAACCCAGAACUGGGAGCCGAACAGAACCCAUUUUACUACGAGAAGAACAAGAUGCUUUACGACCUGCACGUCGAGCGCAUCAAGCGGAGCAGCCACUAGCUAGUGACCAUGGAUUCCGGUGUACGAGUCCAAGUCCAAGCACCGCCAUUAAAGUGCCAACCCAAGUUCUCUGCAACAACACUCUGUAGUGAAAAUUUAGCAUAGUUCGCCUCCGUUCAUCCUACUGUGCCCACGGAUUUGGAUAUCUGGAUCUGUGUCUGGACCUGGAGUUCAGAUCCUCAACACUUGCGUUUUUGUGUGAUAAACAUUGUUUACUUGCAUGGCAUUAGCAUCGCCCCGGAUUCAUCCACAUAAUAAUAACACUAGAAAUCGAGCAGAACUCGGGGGAGUCUUGCCCCAAAUACGCACAUAAAUAUGUAUAGGCUAAGUUCCCCGGUUACCAUCCCUUCACUAUGUAUUUAUAAUCCUGCAUAUAUACUUAUUCUAAGAAUAAUCUAAGAAAAUCUCAA